AUGUGGAACAGGCAUAGGCUGGCACUAAUUUUUGUUGGAGUUUUAUUCCAUCUCUUCUAUUUAUGGUCGAUUUUCGAUAUAUAUUUCGUAUCGCCAUUGGUUCAUGGCAUGCAACAGUACCGUAGUACAGAAAGCCCGCCAGCCAAGAGGUUAUUUCUCAUUGUUGGCGAUGGAUUACGUGCAGAUACUACAUUCGACAAGGUAACACACCCGGAAACGGGUGAGACAGAUUUUUUGGCACCUUAUAUCAGAUCUUUGGUUCUGAAUAAUGCUACAUAUGGAGUAUCGCACACUAGGAUGCCAACUGAGUCACGCCCAGGCCAUAUAGCAAUGAUCGCAGGAUUUUACGAAGACGUAAGUGCAGUGACGAAAGGGUGGCAAGAAAAUCCUGUCGAUUUUGACAGCUUUUUUAAUCAGUCAACUCAUACUUACGCAAUGGGAUCGCCAGAUAUUUUACCAAUGUUCAAGACCCGCGAUUCUAGUGACAAAAUGGACACAUGGAUGUAUGGUCACGAGUAUGAAGACUUUACUCAAUCCUCCAUUGAACUGGAUGCAUUCGUCUUUAGACAUUUCGAUCAACUUCUAAAAAAUGCUACUCAUGAUCCAGAUCUAAAUGAAGAAAUAAGACAAGAAGGUAACGUAUUCUUCCUUCACUUAUUAGGAUGUGAUACUGCAGGACAUUCAUACAGACCUUACUCUGCUGAAUACUAUGAUAAUGUGAAAUACAUCGAUGAUCAAGUUUCAACUUUGGUCUAUAAGGUAAACAAUUUUUUUAAUGAUCAAGAUAGUGCAUUCAUUUUUACCGCCGACCACGGCAUGAGCGCAUUCGGAUCUCAUGGUGAUGGUCAUCCAAAUAAUACCAGAACCCCUCUUGUUGCAUGGGGUGCUGGCUUAAACAAACCAGUGCAAAAUAAAGUUCCAAUUUUUGAUAAUUACACAGAAACAUGGGAACUGGGGGAUAUCAAACGAAACGACAUCAAUCAAGCUGAUCUCACAUCCUUAAUGUCCUAUUUAAUUGGCGUAAACUAUCCCGUUAACUCUGUCGGUGAACUACCUUUGAACUACGUUGAUGGUGAAGAAAGCCAAAAACUACAUGGUCUUUACAAUAACGCUAAAAGCGUCCUGGAACAAUAUUUAGUGAAGGAAAAGGAAGUUAUAAAUUCUCAGUUUGUUUAUAAGGAAUAUGGGGGAUUUGUUGAGAAAAACCAUAGCCAAUAUUUGAUUGAAAUUGAGAAGUUGUUAAGUAGAAUUGCUAUGGGUGAAACAGCAUUGGAGCCGAAAGCGAUUCUGUUAACCGAAGAGCUGAUGAAGAAUACAUUGGAUGGAUUGCAUUAUCUGACCACGUAUAAUUGGAGGUUUAUCAGAACAAUUGUCACAUUAGGAUUCAUUGGCUGGAUAACGUAUGCUUUCACAAUUUUCUUGAGACUGUUCAUACUGAAUAAAGCCAAUGAGUUCACGGGAACCUCUCUUCUUAACUACGUCACAUUUGGAGCCUUAGGAAUCAUUUUGAACUGGGUAUUGUAUUAUCAAAAAUCACCUUUCAAUUUCUAUAUGUAUCUGCAGUUCCCAUUGUAUUUGUGGAGUCGAAUCUUCUCAAACCAUAAAAUUCUAAGUGCUGGUUUCAGAGAAUUUUUCAAGGGAAUUUCGUUGAUUCAAAAGGUUUUGGUGGCAAUACUAAUUGUCGGAGUCUACGAAAGUAUUGUAUAUGGUUUUUUCCAUCGUUGGAUAUUUGCUGUCAUAUUUAACCUGCUAGCUUUUUAUCCUUUGUACUGUGGAAUAAAGUCAUUAAAGUCAAACUUGGGCUGGAUUUUGACCAGCGCAUUUAUGUCGACUUUCACGUUGUAUGAUGCUGUGAAAAUUGAGAGCUUAAAUCAAAUUAGUCUGGCUGUACUCCUAAUGCUGAUUACAUCGCUUUACGGGGUAGUAAAGAUCAACAAAACAAUUAGCAACUACACCCUCUCGAUUCUUCUUACUCAAAUCGCACUAGUUCUAGGGAUGCUUUUGGUCACGCAAAAAUCUGUGAUUUCGUUGCAGAACAGACAAGGUCUUCCUAGAGAUUGUCAAGUAGGUGCUUGGGCAAUUAUGGGCAUUUCCCUAUUCAUAAUGCCCAUGCUACAUUACUUGAAGCCCAAUAAUGAUUAUAAAUUAAGACUUUUAGUCAUCUACUUAACAUUCGCACCAACCUUCGUCAUUUUGACGAUAUCAUUCGAGUCUUUGUUUUAUGUCUCGUUCACCAGCUAUAUUGUCCAAUGGAUUGAGAUCGAGUCCGAGAUCAAGCAGACUAAAACACAUGAAAAUUGGCUUCAAUUACUGCGUGUCUCUGUGAUCGGAUUCUUCCUCUUACAAGUUGCCUUUUUCGGAACCGGUAAUGUGGCCUCAAUAUCUUCAUUUUCAUUAGAUUCUGUGUAUCGUCUGCUGCCAAUCUUCGAUCCAUUCCCAAUGGGCGCCCUAUUAAUGCUCAAAUUAAUUAUUCCUUAUAUUCUUUUAUCUACUGGGUUGGGGAUUCUGAAUCUAAAGUUAAACAUCAAGGACUACACUAUUUCCUCAUUGAUCAUUUCCACAAAUGAUAUACUAUCCCUUAACUUCUUUUUCCUGUUGAAAACUGAAGGUUCAUGGCUGGAUAUCGGUAUUACUAUUUCCAACUAUUGUUUGGCCAUCCUUUCUUCCUUAUUCAUUCUGAUAUUGGAAGUACUCAGCCAUUUGUUGCUGAGAAAUGUGACAAUUAAUGAUCCUGUCCUAAGAGCAAAGAAACAUGUGUAG